AUGACAAUUGAACCUAGUGGGUCAUUUUCCCCAGAUGCAAGCAGAUUUGUGAUUAGAACUAUUACACCACAAAAAAAUUCUGUCGAUAUAUAUCCAUUAGAUGCAUCCAAUGGUUAUAAGAUCAAUAGUUCAUUGGUUAGUCAUCUUGACUAUGAAGCCAAUGAUUUAGUUGGGAAAGAUGUCAAUGCAUAUGCCUGGUGUACUGGCAUGGAUAUGAAUGAUGGUGAUGUACCAAGUCAAACAAAGAGGAAAAUGACUGCUGAAAAUGAUGGUGAAGAUGAAGAAAACUCUAUGAGAAAAGUUUCUCAACGUGGGGACUUCCUUGUUAAUAUAUUUGACGAUGGGAAAAUUGUAGUAUUUUCUGCGGAUGGGAAAGGUAUUGUUAAUAUAAUCCGUUUUAAGGAAAAAUUGAAAGGUUAUGCUAUAGAUGGUCCAUAUAUUUGGCUACAUGAUGAAAAUGAUUGUUUAAAGAAGUAUGAAUAUAAUAAAGCUAAGCCUAUCAAAACUUUCCAUCUAAUUGAAGGGAAGGGUGAUGUGGAACUCCGUUUAGAUUCUACAAUUACCACUAAUGGUAUCACGUAUUUGGUCUUGAUGUCCAAGAGCGAAGUACUAAUUAUUGAUCCAACUAAGAGAAGACCUAGUACAUUUAGGAAAUAUGGAAUUGAUAACCCAAGAUGGUGUGAUAUAACUAAUGAUGGCAAGUUUUUCAUUCAUACAAUAGACGGGACCAAUAUCUUUGAUUUAGAAACUAAUCAAAUGGUACAAAACUUUGACGACAACACGUGUGUGACGAAAAUUUAUGAUGAUCUAUUGUUUUGUUUAAGUUUUGAAAAUGAAAUACUUGUUUAUAAACUCAAAGAGAGAAACCUUCUCUGUAAAAUUAUAGUAGGAGCAGAAACUGUGCUUGAUUUUAAAGUUAUUGGUCAAGAUUUAUUGAUAGCAUGGUUAAAUGUGAACGAGCCAAAUUUCAAACUAAUCUCACUAGAUAGCAUAAGGGGUAACAAAGAAAUUAUACUUAAUGAAGCCCCAAAAUCAGAACAACAACUAGUAGCGGAUGGUACAAAUGGUCUUGCUGAAGUUGAAAGUAAGAACGAAGAACCUGAAACACAAAAACUAAUAAAAGAAAAACCAACUAAAGCUGAACAAACCGAGUUAAGCUCUUUGUUAGUAAAGGAAUUGGCAGAAUCCGAUUUUCGGAAUAAUACUACAGCUGUUCUAGAAUUGGUUGUAUCAGAGAAAUGGAGUGAACCAAAGAUAAAGUCGUUUGUCACACAGAAAUUACAAGGGCAAGAUAUAAUUUUGAAAUUCACUAACCUAAUAGUUAUUGAGCUACAGAAAACUACUGAUAAUAAAGAAAUAUUGUCUCUAUGGUUGAAAUAUAUUCUUCUUUGUAAAAGGGAUCAACUAAAUACAUCUUCAAACAAGUCAUUAAAGAAGAAUUUGAAACAUUUAAAAACAUCUUUGAGAAUUUCCAGUGAAACAUUACCAAUUUUAUUGAGCAUGCAAGGUAGAUUAGAAAUGUUAAAGAGACAAGCCUCAUUAAGAAAAGAAUUAUCGGAAUUAGAUUUAGAAGAAACAACUGGACCAGAUGGCAUUGAAUCCGUAGUAGUCAAUGAAGGGACUGAAGAAGAUAAUUUGAAUACAUCGUCUGCUGAUAUAUAUGUAGACGCUACUGAGUUUUAA